UGGAGUUCCAGAAACCAAGCCCGGUGGAGGCAUCUUGAUGAUGUCUGACCAAGAGGGAGCCGGUGGGACGAGGGAGCCCGGUGGAUCCAUCAAGCGGCCGGACCAAGGUGAAACUGGUGGGACGAGGGAGCCCGGUGGAGCUGUUAGGAUGAUGUCUGACCAAGGUGGAGCCAGUGGGACAAGGGAACCCGGUGGAGCCAUCAGGAUGACGUCUGACCAAGGUGGAGCUAGUGAAUCGAGGGAGCCCAGUGAAGCCAUAAGGAUGAUGUCUGACCAAGGUGGAGCCAGUAGGACGAGGGAGCCCGGUGGAGCCAUCACGAUGAUGUCUCACCAAGGUGAAGCCGGUGGGACAAGGGAGCCCGGUGGAGCCGACAUGAUAAUGUCUGACCAAGGUGGAGCCGGUGGGACGAGGGAGCCCGGUGGAGCCGUCAUGAUGAUGUCUGACCAAGGUGGAGCCAGUGGGACGAGGGAGCCCGGUAGAGCCAUCAGGUUGUCUGCACGAGGGAGCCCGGUGGAGCCGUCUGGAUGAUGUAUGACCAAGGUGGAGCUGGUUCGACUAGGGAGCCCGGUAGAGCCAUCAGGUGGUCUGGAUGAGGAAGCCCGGUGGAGCCAUCAGGAUGUUUUCUGACCAAGGUGGAGCUAGUGGAUCGAGGGAGCCCGGUGGAGCUAUCAGGAUGAUGUCUGACCAAGGUGGAGCCAGUGGGACGAGGGAGCCCGGUAGAGCCAUCAGGUUGUCUGCACGAGGGAGCCCGGUGGAGCCGUCUGGAUGAUGUAUGACCAAGGUGGAGCUGGUUCGACGAGGGAGCCCGGUAGAGCCAUCAGGUGAUCUGGUUGAGGAAGCCCGGUGGAGCCGUCAGGAUGUUGUCUGACCAAGGUGGAGCUAGUGGAUCGAGGGAGCCCGGUGGAGCUAUCAGGAUGAUGUCUGACCAAGGUGGAGCCAGUGGGACGAGGUAGCCCGGUAGAGCCAUCAGGUUGUCUGCACGAGGGAGCCCGGUGGAGCCGUCUGGAUGAUGUAUGACCAAGGUGGAGCUGGUUCGACGAGGGAGCCCGGUAGAGCCAUCAGGUGGUCUGGAUGAGGGAGCCCGGUGGAGCCGUCAGGAUGUUGUCUGACCAAGGUGGAGCUAGUGGAUCGAGGCAGC